AUGUCACAAAGUUUCGAUUUACCUCCUCCACCACAACCACCACCACAUUCGUUACAAUCUACAGACCAGUUUCAACCACCUCGUAUAUUAGAAUAUGGUCCUUUACAAGGUUGUGCUGGUGAUAACUUUCAUAUCAGCAUAAGCUCCACAACAAAUAUAGAUCCAAAUCUAUUAAAAGUUGCUUUCGAUUCUUGUAUCACAACAUGUCAUUUUACUGUAGACACUGUUACUCAAAUAAUUACAUUUCAUUCCAUUGUACCGAGUUGUGAUUCAUCAAGGGUUCCUAUUUAUCUUUUACUUGAACAGUCAGAUCAAAUACUUGACAGUUGGCUUGUGGGUUACUUUACUUUCUAUUCAAGAAAACGUUUAUCUAUUGAUCAAAAUGACCCUAUCGAGAAUACAAAUGAUUCAAAACGAUCUCGUCAGACGGAUCAAUAUGCUAUUUCAUCGAAUUAUCCCGCAAAUUACUAUGGUUUGUCGCCGCAUGCUCCGUAUGUAGGCUUACCUCCCACGCAACCAUCUCCGAGACAACGCGAAUAUUUCGAAGAAACCGCCAUUCUGGGUUAUCCUUCCUCCAGUUAUCAGCCUUCAUUUAAUGACGGGGAUUACAUAUCAUCACCUACCACACAUCCUCAACAAGAUCCUUACAUUAUGCCAUUAAUGGAUACUAUCCUCACUACACCACCAUCAUCAUCACCAUCAACUGCGCCUUCUAUACAAAUGAAACCAUCCCCUCUUCCUCCACUACAAACUAAUACUUCACCUAAUAUUACUGCUACACCUAAUUACCCUCCCAUCUCUUCUUCCUCUAAUCAACCUCAACCUCACCAACAACCUCAACAACAAUCCGCAAUGUUGACUUUAAAUCCAUUUGCUAAUUUACUCAAUAAGGCCAAUCUCAACAUUCAAGGCGAUCUUGAAUCCAUGAUUAAAGAUUGGACUCCCGAAGAAUGGGAAAACCAACGAAGACUGGUACAAUUUUGGCGAAGACAACAAGGCAACGAAGUGACUUGUAAUUUUAAGGCUUUUCAAUUACCUAUCGAAAAGAGCAAACAACCUGAUAUGAGUAAAUUGAUCAUUGUUUCCUGCAUCUAUUGGAAAGAAAAGAAUGAUUAUUUUAUCACAUCAGUGGAUUGUAUUUAUCUUUUGGAGCAUUUGAUUGGCGUUAAAUUUACUGUGGAAGAAAAAAACCGAAUAAGACGAAAUCUGGAAGGCUAUAAACCACUGACCGUUAGUAAAUCAAAGCCUGAGUCUGCUGACUUUUUUAAAUUAAUCAUGGGGUUUCCAAACCCUAAACCAAGAAAUAUCGAAAAAGAUGUGAAAGUCUUUCCUUGGGCUAUAUUGGGUGUCGCUUUAAAAAAAAUCAUCAGUAAAUACACAGCAAGUUACAGUAGCACCGCAAGCGUAAAUUAUGACAUAUUAACAUCCACUGAUAGUAAUAAUAACAAUAAUAAUAAUAAUAAUAAUAAUCAACCCCCUAAUACUUCACCUACUACUUUAUAA